AUGUCUGCCGAAAUCGAGAACCGUCCGCACUCGCCCGAUGUGGCUCCGUCGCAAGCCAUUGGUGCAAAGCCCCAACCCGCUCGAACCCUCUCGGCGGCUUCCACCAUAUCCCAAAGCUCCAGCAACGAUGCCACUUCACGGGACUCGCUGGGCAGCGAGCUGUCGUCUUCCAGGACCCGGCGUCGAGGCUACAUGCGUCCCCAGGGCACCGACUUUGCUGCCAGUGCCAAGUCCCGCGAGAGCGUCAUGAGCUUGGGCAGCAUCGCACAUCUUCAAUAUUACUUUGCCCGGACAGGCCUUCUCGAUGGCAAGGGCGGACAACUGGCUCGUAAGAAGCAGCCGCGAGCGACGUUGGACCUGGCAGCCCUGGAGGGGACAGGGUUCAUCACGGAUAAUGCCGUCGAAUCCCCCACGGGCAUGGACGAUAUGGAUGACUUCUACGACGGCUUCCUCGAGGAGGACCCGGACAUGCUCCCACCCACAGCGAGCACCUACAACCACCGAGAAAAGGUCAUUCCCAAGCCCCCCACGGUAGCGGAGCUGAAGACGGAGCUGGAGAACUCAUUGCAGGACGCCCUCAAGGUCCUCAAGGAAGCCAAACAGCGGAAGGAGGGAUCAUACAAGGCACCCAGCGAUGCGCCUCGGUACACCAACAUGCCCGACGAAAACACCCAAAGCUGGUAUGAGCUGCAGGGCAUGAACAUCCUCGACUUUGUGACGCUGGCUAUCCGUGCUGCCAAGAACUAUUACACGGCCCACGAGCUGCCUGACCGGCUGGACGCCAUCAAAUCGGAGAAGCAGAUCCGGACAGAUCUUUUGAGCGUCAUGGAAGUGCUGAAGCAGAUGGCUACGAGGAAUUUCAAGGGUGGCAUGCGAGAUGAGGAAAUCUCCACCAUGACGACCUGGAUCGAAAGCGUCUUCGACAUCCUCAAGAAGGAGGCCGAAAUCGAGGCAUCAGAGCAGGCCGAGCGCCAGAGCUGGGCCUGGAUGAAGGGCGACUGGAAAGGCAAAGAGUUGGAACGCGAGCGACAGUUCCUCAUGUCCAUGGACCUCGACGACGAGCCGCUGCCCGAGUGGACGCCAGCAUCCAAGGACGCCGAGUUGCCGACACCCUUCUUGGAGGCCAUGCAAAACGGCCUACGACUCGUGAGGCUGCACAACGCUGCAGUCAAGAAAUCCAGGAGGCGAUUCGGAGCGAUCCCGACCUUCCACGUCAACACACAGAAGCCGUACCGAAGCGCCGACAACCUCCGUUACUGGGCCAAGGCCGCUGAGCUGCGCUUUGAGUGCAUGAUUUCCAUCGACGCCCUGGGCAUCGUCUACAACAACGGCCCCCAAGUCUGGCUAGAUUUUGAAGCGGCCAUCCUCAAGUGGUGUGCCCAUGUGAGGGAAGAAAUCACAAACGAGUUGGUCUAA